AUGGAGUCCCCUUCAGGCCCUGCUCACAGACGGUGCGUUCCCUGGCAGGGGCUCCUGCUGACCGCCUCACUGCUUACCUUCUGGAGCCUGCCCACCACUGCCCAGUUCACUAUGGAAUCAGUGCCGCCCAAUGCUGCCGAAGGGAAGAAUGUGCUUCUCCGUGUCCACAAUCUGCCUGGGGAUCUUAAAAGAUAUGCCUGGUACAAAGAGGAAAUAGUGGGAGACAAUGAAAUUGUAUCAUAUGUAAUAGAGACUCAAACAACUAUCAAUGGGCCUGCAUCCAGUGGUAGAGAGACAAUAUACCCCAAUGGAUCCCUCCUGCUCCAGAACAUCACUCUGAAGGACACAGGAAAGUAUAUCCUACAAGUCGUACUAAAAGAUUUUGCUACCAAACAAGUAACUGGACAGCUCCAUGUAUACCCGGUCUUAUCCAAACCCAGCAUCUCAAGCAACAACUCCAAACCUGAGGAGCACAAGGACCCUGUCAUGUUAACGUGUGAACCUCCAACUGAGAACACCACCUACCUGUGGUUGAUCAACAGUCAGAUUCUCCAGGACAGUGCCAGGCUGCAGCUGUCCUUGGACAACAGGACUCUCACUUUACUCCUUGUCACAAGGAAUGAUACAGGACCCUAUGAGUGUGAAACCCAGAACCCCGUGAGUGCUGGCCACAGUGACCCAUUCACCCUGAAUGUUCUCUAUGGCCCGGACGCCCCAACCAUUUCCCCCUCCGACUCCUAUUACCUAAGUGGGACAAACCUCAACCUCUCCUGCCAGGCAGCCUCUAACCCACCUGCACAGUAUUCUUGGCUUAUCAAUGGGAUGCUCCUGAGCACUACACAGGAGCUCUUUAUCUCCAACAUCACUUCGAAAAAUAGUGGAUCCUAUACCUGCCUUGCCCAUAACUCUAACACUGGGCUCAAUAGGACCAUGAUCAAGAAUAUCACAGUCUAUGAUGAUACAACACUAUCAAGUCCUGGCCUCUCAGAUGGGGCUAUUGCUGGCAUUGUGAUUGGCGUCCUGGCUGGCGUAGCUCUGAUAGCAGCCCUGCUGUACUUCCUGUAUAUCAGAAAGACUGGAGGGGCAAGCGACCAGCGCGAUCUCACAGAGCACAAACCCUCAGCCUCCAACCACAGUCAGGGCCACUCUGACAACUCAUCUAACAAGAUGGAUGAAAUUACAUAUUCUUCCUUGAACUUCAAUGGCCAGGAAUCGAAGAAGCCAACUUAUGCCUCUCCGUCCCCAACAGCCACAGAAUCAGUUUAUUCCGAAGUAAAAAAGAAGUAA